AUGCCUCCUGCGACCGAGGAAGCCAUCCGCGCGGUUGCGGCCAUGGCGACAACCCUAGGCAACAAAAUCUCGGUCCACAUGCUGAACUAUCUUAGCACGACGCAGGAUCUGCCCGAUGGCUUUCGCGAAUUGUCACAUACCUUUCUUGAUACGUGCCGCACCCUGUGGGCCAUUGAGACUGGAAUCACCGAAUUGACCGCCGCCAAUCGUUCUCUGCCCGAGAUCGUCAUCGACGAGAUCCAGAAGAAAUUUGUGGCGGCCUACCGUGAUUUCCAACAACUCGACAAGGUCAUCUUGAAACUGGUGCAAUGGGAACACCGCGGGACACUGGGUAAACUUCAGCGUGGAUGGAGUCGGCCGGGCCACGAGCUCAAUCGCAUCCACGAAUCCCUCAAGAAGAACAAUGAGACUCUGCAAAUCAGCGGCAUGGCCUUUCACUGGUCUAUGAAGGAAGCACACCCUGAGGAGGCCGUGGGAAUUGGAUACGCCAGUCUCGCCGCGGCACUAGAUCGCAUCUCCAAAGGCCGGUCGGUGAUGGGAAUCAAUCAAACCAAGUCUGUCAAGAGUAAUGAGUCUGUCUCCAAAAAAUCCUCUGGCUCGGUGCGCUCCAGCCCUUCAGUGCCGCCAAAGGAGCCAGGAUACGUUCGUCAUGGUUCGCCGAGCGUCGCAGAGGAAUAUGUGCCGACGUUUGCCUCGCAAGACUCGGAGAGCGCGAUCGACGACAUGUCAUCCGUCCUUUCCUUGAACGAAUUCCUGGUCUCUCAGCCCUCUCGCGACGUCAAAGUUCCUUCGACUAUCGAAUACCGCGCGCUACCAGUGCGUCCAGCUCAAGGGAGCUCAGCGGGCUCCACGGCGAACAACAGCUUACGACGACCAAGUGAAUCGGAUACGGGUUUGCGGCCACGGGAGAAGCCGAGCAUGUCAACCUUGAACGGAUAUCUCAUGUCGCAGCAUGUCCCUAGCUCCUCCAUGAUCAGUGGGACACCUAACCCACGGAACAGUCUUACAUUCGCUAUCCAGGAACGCAACCACAUCCUUCUCCAGCGGCUGUUGGCCAAUGGGAUGUCGCCCGACAGGCAUGAGAACAUUCAUCCUUUGAAUGAGGCCAUCAUUCAACGAGACCUGGAGAGCGCGCAGCUACUGUUGCAGUUCAAGGCGAACCCAAACAUCCCCGAUUCGCACGGCCAGACGCCUCUUCUCCUAGCCGUUGAGCAAUCGUUCAUUGAAGGCGCCACAUUACUCCUCCAACAUGGUGCCGACGUGAACUAUCGUGCACAGGCAGAGCUCGACUCCCCAUUAACCAGCUCAGUUUUCAGAGGGAGUCCCACACUGGUUCAGACUCUACUUGCUUACGGUGGCAAACCCAACGAAGAAAUCCACAACGACACGACCCUGCUGAUUGAUUCAAUUCGUCAUGGAGCAUCACAGAAAAUCAUCAGCAUUCUGCUGGACGCCGGCUGCAACCCAGACCUGAAGGACAAACAUGGAAAAACCGCUCUGUGUGAGGCAGUCUUGAAGGAUCAGCCGGCCAUUGUAACUUCUCUUCUGGAUCACCAUGCGAACCCGAAUCUACCGGGUCCUGAGCAUGCCCUUUGGUCUGCAGUGCACCGCCCUGACUGUCUCCGGAUAUUACUCGCCCGAGGUGCGGAUAUCAAGAAGACCCCCGGGCUCAUGGAGCAAGCGACGAGCGUGAACAGCAUUGAUGCCGUGCGCGUUUUGCUUCAGGCUGGUGUCGAUCCCAAUCUGAAGAAGGACGGAGUCUACACCCCUCUCUGCUCGGCUAUCCGUGAUGACCGCCCUGACAUUCUGGAGUUGUUACUGAGCCACGGUGCCGACGCCAAUGUGAUGGCAUCUGAAUACCCCGCGUGGAAAUGUAUCAGCCAUGACCGGCUUCAAUACCUCCCGCAGUUGCUGGCCGCUGGUGCUGACCUGCGCAAACCGCCUGGAAUCGCAGAAAGCGCCGUCCACUGGAACCAUAUGAAAGCCCUGCAGUGGGUGAUUGAGCACGGAGCCAGCCCAAAUGAUCGCAAUUCAGAAGGACACACUGCUCUGACGACGGCGAUUCGAGAGAAUCGCAUGGAGAUGAUCGACUGGUUACUGGCGCACGGUGCGGACCCCAAAAUCCGUGGCCAAGACUGGCCCAUCUACAUGGCGACGCAAUCUUCAGAGGUGCUUCGGAUGAUCUUACCUGUCACCCAAAAUCUCUCUGCCCACAAGGGUGUCAUGGAGAAAGCAGUUCAGUCGGGUUCUCUGGAAAGUGUCAAGCUUUUGCUGGCAGCUGGCGCUGGUGUUGAAUGGAAGAAUGGCGGCGUCUUCUCACCUCUGACAACGGCGCUGAGAGAGCAUCACUUUGACAUUGUGCGAUUCCUCCUUAACGAAGCGGGCGCUGAUCCCAAUGCCCCCGGUGAACAUCUGCCGCUUGUGAAGGCGAUUCGACGUCGCAAGGGCGAUGACUUCUCCAUGAUCAAGUUGCUUAUCGACAAGGGCGCCAACCCUAACCUCUGCUACCGUGACUGGAAUGCCAUCAUGCAAGCUAUCGAGAAUCGGGAUCUCCCGCUCCUUGAAAUUCUGGUCGGUCGCGGUGGUCCGGUGGAUUUCACCCAAAGGGAUGAGACGGGUCAGACUGUGCUUGAGAUGGCCGAGUCUUCCGGCUGGCCGGAAGGAACUGAGCUCCUGCUUAAGGGCUCUCUUCAGUAG